UCUCUCAGCAGCUUCUAUGAAGCAUUCCACACAUGGAAGGUGCCAGCACUAAUAUCAACUUGACUCAUUUGAAGGUGGUUGAUACUACAUGGGAUUUCUGAUGUUACAUAAUGGUACAAAAAAGCACAAUCAAAAUAGAAACGACUGUUAGCAAAAUACAGCAAUUGCAAGACCCAGUUGAGAUACCAGUGGGACUCCCAUGACUUUUCUCUGUAGCCUACUCAGCAGCACAACUCCGAGGCACUUCUGUCUCUGGGAAGACAGGCCAGCUGAAGCAAUGGUUGAAAGCAGCUGAAGGCCAUUGCUCUCUUGCAAAGUCUUUCCUAGUUUUCUGGAUUUGAUGCUCUGCAUUCAGCUGAGUCACACAUUCCCUCCUCCUGUGCUGGGCUGGCUAAUGAGCGAGACACUUAUGCUCAAUUAAUGACCUCAGUGGGAAUCCUUUACACCACUGAUCCCCUCAGCUGCAGUAGAGAGAGUUGAUGUUACACUCAGGAAAUCUGACUUAGUGCUCCUGACUUAGUGGAGUGAUACAAAAAAUGUAACACAUAAGACAACACAGAUCUAAGUUAGACAAAAUCCUUCCCUUGAAAUCAAGGUCAGGUUUUGGUCCAUUUUCUUUUCAGAUAAAAUGAGGGAUUUUUUUGUUUUGCAACAGCUGAGUUGCCACAGCCAGCAUUUUCACUGAGCUUAAAGAUCAUCUCUUGAGCAUGCCACUCAUGGGAGCCUAGCACAUGAAAAAUGUUAUAAACUACUCAAAAUCCGGGUGGGAAUCAUCUCUCAAACUGAGACAGCCUAGAAGUGCUUGGAAUGUGGAAUGAGCUCCAGCCUGAGCUCCCACCUGAUCCAGCACCAGGAGAUCCAAACUAAGGGACAUCGCUGCUGGUGCUUGGAAUGUGGGAAGAGCUUCAGCAAGAACUCGCAGCGCAUCAAGGACCACAGGAUCCACAGCGGGGAGAGGCCCUGCGAGUGUGGGCAGUGUGGGAAGGGCUUCUCCCAGAGCUCUCACUCGACCCGACACCAACGGAGGCACCGCUAAGGGAAGCGCUGCGAGUGCCCCGAGAGCGGGAAGAGCUUCGUGCGCUGCUCCAGCUCCAUCCCCUGUGGGAGGAUCGGCCUUGGAUGAUCCCCAGUGAGCCCCGUUGGGCAGAGCCCUGCUGAUCCGUGCUCCUGCUGAUCCCCGCUGGCUGUGGGGAAGGUGUUGGAGACAUUUCUUUCCCUUCUCCUGGUGCUGCUGUGAUUUGGUUGGUAAUAAAUUCCCUCCCUGUGCCCAGGCUGGCUCUGCUGUGGCCGCGCCGCUGCUCGGGGCGGGAUCUGUCCCGAUCCUUCUCUCCACUCCCGGGCCUCUCCUCAGCCCAUCAGAGAAGGCACUAAAAUAAUUGAGCCCAUCAGAGCGCAGGGCGCUGAUGACUCCCCAGGUGCCAGCCAGCCCCACAGCGCCCCGAGCUCCUCAGCCGGACUCCCCUGGGGCUGCGGAGUCGGGGCUGCCCCGGAGCUCUUGGCUACUCUGGGCUGCUGGGGGCAGCCCCGCACCUGUGUCCUGCACACACAGGGCUGUUCCAGGAGAUGCUGAAGUGCGGCUGGCACUGCAUGAACGGCACCGAGCGGGGGAGGGUCGUGGACAGGAACAGCGACAACCGGGAGCAGCUCCUGCCCUUGGGCAGCGAUGUGGGGCUGUAGGUGGGGGACACCUCCUGUGGGGAGAAGUUGCCAGGUCCUGGAACAGCGACCCGCGAUGGAGGGAGUACAGACGGGCUGCGGCGGACAGGCACUGCCGGCACAACUACGAGUUGUCCAGCCCGUUCCUCGUGGAGCGCGGAGUUCCCCCCAGCGUUUCCAUCUCGCUGCUGCCCUCCAGCUCCCAGCCCGGCCCCGGCCGCCUGCUCUGCUCCCUGAUGGAUUUCUACCCUGCCCACAUCCAGCUGAGCUGCUUCCAGGGCCAGCAGCAGCUCUCGGGGCACGGGGUGGCACCGCCGUGGUCCCCAACGGGGACUGGAGCCAGCAGCUCCUGGUGCUGCUGGAAACCUCCCCGCGGCGCGGGGUCACCUCCAGCUGCCAGCUUCAACCUGUGCAAGAAGAGCUCCUGA